AUGGCGACCGGGGCGGAGAAGUCCGUGCUGGUUCCCAUUGCGGACGGGAGCGAGGAGAUGGAGGCGGUGAUCGUCAUCGACGUCCUGCGCAGGGCGGGGGCGAACGUGACGGUGGCGUCCGCGGCGCCCUCUCUCGAGGUCAUCUGCUCGCGUGGCGUGAAGCUCGUCGCUGACCGUCCCCUCGGCGACUGCGUGGGCGACGCGUACGACCUCGUCGUCCUCCCGGGCGGCAUGCCGGGCGCCGAGCACCUGCGGGACUCCCCCGAGCUGACGUCAAUCCUGAGGGACCAGCGCGCGGCUGGGAAGCCGUACGCCGCGGUGUGCGCGUCGCCCGCGGUGGUCCUGCAGCACCACGGCCUGCUCGAGGACGUCCCGCGCGCGACGUGCCACCCGGGGUUCGUGGACAAGAUCAGCGACAAGGCGGACGUGGAGCAGCGCGUGGUGCAGCAGGGGCUGGUCACGACGAGCAGGGGGCCGGGGACGUCGUUCGAGUUCGCGCUGACGCUCGUGAAGACGCUGUUCGGCGAGGAGAAGGCCAAGGAGGUGGCCGGACCCAUGGUCAUGUACCAACACACCCUCCCCUGA